AUGGACGGGUUCGAAAUAAGAACAUCUAAUAGUAAAAAGGGGAAAGGAUUGUUUGCGACGAAGAGGUAUGACAUAGGUGACGUUAUUCUAGAGGAAGAUCCUCUUGUUUCGUGUCAAUUUGCUUGGAAUGCGGCCUACAGAUAUUUAGCUUGUGACUACUGCAUGAGGCCAUUAGAAACACCAGAACAGAAUGUAAGACGUCUAUCAUGCAAACCAGAUAUAGUAUUACCGCAUGCUAGUUGUUUCGACAUAAAUUUGGAGAAUGUGACUACUUGUGAUCAAUGUGGAAUUUUAUACUGUAGUGAAGAUUGUAAGCACCGGGCAUAUGUGACCUACCACAGAACUUUAUGUUAUGAUACUAGUGAUGCACAACAUCCUGUGAUGGUGCUUUUGGAGACUUGGAAGCAAAUGCACUAUCCACCAGAAACAACAAGUGUAAUGCUUUUAGUAAGGAUAUUGGCCUUCAUAGAGCAGAGUAGCAAUUCUUCAGCUGCGGCUGCUACAGUCAAACAGUUUUGCCACAGAACAGUUAACGAGGAUGCUGAACUGGUUCAUAAGUUGCUAGGUGAACAGUUUAAGGAGCAAUUAAAUACUUUGAGGGAAUUAACAGCUAAUGUAAUCAAUGGUGACCAUGUACAAGAGUUCCUUACACCAGAAGGGUUUUGCUCCUUAAUGGCACUGAUAGGAACUAAUGGACAGGGUAUUGGAACCAGCCCUUUAGCCUUGUGGGUAAAUUCUGUGCUAGAAGUAACUAUGUCAGAUGACGAGAGACAGCAACUAGACUUGUUCAUUGACAAGCUUUAUCAGUAUAUAGAAGAAGAAUCUGGUACAUUCCUUAACACAGAAGGUUCUGGACUCUUCUGCUUACAGAGUGCAUGCAAUCACAGCUGUGAUCCCAAUGCUGAGUCAUCUUUUCCCUAUGGAAAUCACAGGAUACAAUUGAAAGCUCUCAAACUAAUCAUGCCUGGUGAUGAGAUAUGUAUAAGUUAUCUAGACGAGUGUUCAUUGCAUAGAUCAAGGCAUUCUAGACAAAAGGAAUUGGCACAAAAUUAUUUAUUUGUAUGUUGGUGCGAACGAUGCCUUGCACAAGCUUCACAACCUGAGUGUACCAGCGAGGAAGAUAUGAGCGAUGAAGAAAUCGACGAGGAUGACUGA